UUAAAUACACCCUUAUCUAUCCUUACCAAAUUCCUCUUAUUAAUUAUUUGUUAUCUUCCCACAAAACAAACAUGUUUCAUAAUCAAAUACCUUAUUCUUCCACACAUCAAGAACAAUAUCAUCAAGAUGAUGAUGAAAAUGAAAACAUAAGAGAAAUCCAUGCUCUAACUUCGCCGCCACUUCCACCACCAACAGCAUAUCAUCGUCAUCACGAAGCGUGGGAAACAACUAGCCAUCGAUCCUCUUCGCUUUCAGUGGCUAGCAUUGAAAGCGAAAACUUUACUACCAUGAGUAGGGAAUUUAGUGCCUUGGUCGUUGCAGGAACUGGCAUAAAUAAUAACGGAAGUGAUCAAACAAUUAGUGAAGGUGGAAAUAGUAUGAAUACAAAUAAUGGAAGUAGUAACAACUUGGAAAGGAUUGGUGAGGAAGAUAUGGUCAUCGAAAAUAAUCCUUUAGCCAUCGUACCGGAUAAUAAUCCUAUGGUUAAUUCGCCUAGUAGUAUACGACGUGGGAGUUCUAUCACGACGAGUGGAGGCAAUAAUAAUAACGAAGUGUCGUCUAUACAUAUGGUGAAGAAAGAAGAAGUCGAAUCAAAGAUUUUGGCUUGGCAAAACGCGAAAAUUGCCAAGAUUAAUAAUCGGUUUAAGCGAGAGGAUGCAAUCAUUAAUGGAUGGGAGAAUGAACAAGUUCAAAAGUCUAAUACUUGGAUGAAGAAAGUCGAGAGGAAACUGGAAGCAAAACGAGCACGGGCAAUGGAGAAGAUGCAAAAUGACAUAGCAAAAGCCCGAAGAAAAUCAGAAGAAAGGAAAGCCACGGCAGAGGCGAAAAGAGGAACCAAAGUGGCCAGGGUCUUGGAGGUGGCUAACUUGAUGAGGGCUGUUGGUCGAGCUCCUGCAAAACGUUCAUUCUUCUAAACCAUAUCAUUAUAAUAUAAUCACAAGAUCGUUAGUGUGUAAAUAAUAAGCGCCCCGUUGAUGAAGGGGUCCAUUAGUUUUUUUGGAUUAAAGAGCACCCUAAAGAUUUGGUGACAAUUCUAAAAUGUACCCUAAAAAAUACUCGGACUUUGGAGGUGUAAUAUUGUAUGUUUUGAUGCAUCAAAAGUUCAUAGCGUGUUACGAACUUA